CAAUAAAAGUACAGAGAAGUAGAAGAAAGAAGAAGAAAAAGCCAACGAACUGUAAUAAAUGAGCUUGGACAUAAGACCCAACCUCUGAUUAUUCUCUCUCCUUUAUUUUCCUUUUCAUGGUUUUUUGAAUAAGAGAUUUUUUUUUUUUUGAAAUUCUCUUUUUUCUUUCCCGUCAAUUAUGGAUGAUCUGUAUGGAACAACGCCGUCUUCUGGCGCCGGUCUCGCUUCUGAGACGGAAGACAUCACCAACUUUCUGAACCAACUACUCCAUAGCUCAUCGUCACCAUAUUCCUCGGCUUCGUCCUCUUCUUGCACCACCUUCAAGGCAAAGUACGCUCAUUUACUCCACUCCCAAGCACCGCCUCACCAAACCACGUCGUUUUCGGAUGCCGUACUUUUCGGCUCCGAGAACCGGCCGGAACCGGAGUGCCGAGCGAUCGACGGCAAUUCCGGCGCCGGUUCGUCUGCCGUCGCGGACUCGUUGUCUGGAUUCGAUUUCUCGGAUCCCUGCGGGGCUUACUUCGGCGUGGAGGUGAAGGAAGGCGCCGAGAACAACACCACGUUCUCUUCCGAUGCGAACACGCCAUCGAAGGGAAGAAGGAUUUCGCCGGAGAAUGAUCUCGGCGACUUCAGUUGCGAUAGCGAGGGUCCCGAGGCGUCAGAGGUGCCAUCAAAUUCCGCUCCGCCUCGAAGUUCAUCCAAGAGGAGCAGAGCCGCAGAGAUUCAUAACUUGUCAGAAAAGAGGAGGAGGAGUAGAAUCAAUGAGAAAAUGAAAGCCUUGCAGAAUCUAAUUCCAAAUUCUAACAAGACGGAUAAGGCUUCAAUGCUUGAUGAAGCGAUUGAAUAUUUGAAGCAGCUUCAGCUUCAAGUUCAGAUGUUAUCCAUGAGAAAUGGAUUAAGUCAGCACCCAAUCUGCUUACCAGGAGUACUUCAUCCAAUGCAGUUGCCAUUGCCUCAGACUGGAUUAACAUACAAUGAGGGUAUUAAAUUUCUGGACUCCAGCAGAGGAAUGAACACAUUUUCCGGACGUGAAGAGAACAUGAUGCAUACUCCUUAUAACUUACUCGACCCUUGCACUAUCUCAAAUCAGCCGGUCAUCAUACCUUCAGUUGCGAAUGUUGACUCUUCAGAAGCUUCACUGGGUUUUGAACAAUCAAUUCAGACUCGAUAUGGACCCAUCAAUCUCCCCACAUCUUCAAAGGAACUUUGUGACGAUGGAAAACCACAAAUGCAAUCAGAUACCUGCCAUAAAGGGAAAAGUUCAUCGGAAGGUGAUAUCUUAUCCUCCAAGAGUCCAGUUAUGUAACACCGGAGCACUUCACUUAACAGUUUGUUUUAGUAAAAAAAAAAACACUGUGACGGCGAAUGAUCCCGAAAAAUCCCGACAUAUUUACACUUGAUCCAGUAAUUGUUUGCAAGUGGCAAGCCUUUACAGGGUUCAUUCAAGUGUGAGAGACGGUUGUUGCCUCUUUAACGUGUAUAAAAAUGAUCUGGAUACUUGGUAUUAUUAACCCACGAAAGCCAUGAACCGAUCUAUAUAGAUUUGAUACUUGGAUGGAUGUUGUUAUACCCUCUUGUUUGAUAGAAACACUGUAGUGAAGCGGAAUAAAGACUUAUUUGGACAUUUUCUUUAAACAUCCUCCACAAUCCAGAUUC